GUUGUAAAUAUUGUAGCUGUGAGUGAUUAACGUGAGAGCUCCCCCCCUCCCCCCUCUCUCUUCUGUAUCAGCAAAUCGCUGGUGCUGUAUUUUUUUCUCAUCAUCCGUUAUCGCGCAAUUGCAGCCUCUCCUUUCAGUAUGGUUUCUUGAUACAGGUUAGAGUUAGUUAAGUUAAAAUGGCGAGUAAAGGUCGAAUUCCACCUCCUCAUUUAAGGCGUCCUCUUCCAGGAUCUGGUAUAGUUCAUCCUGAUUCAUUUGGCUCAGGACUACGUCUGCCGCAAGGCCCUUUUCCUCCUUUUGAGAUGUUGCCUCCCCCGGAAGUUAUGGAACAGAAGAUUGCUGCACAACAUGGAGAGAUGCAAAGACUUGCAACGGAGAACCAGAGACUUGCAGCAACUCAUGGAACCUUGAGACAAGAACUUGCUGCUGCUCAACAUGAGUUGCAGUUAUUACAUGCUCACAUUGGAGCUGUCAAGGCUGAAAGAGAGCAACAAAUGAGGGGACUUGUGGAUAAUAUAGGCAAGAUGGAAACUGAAUUGAAAGACGCAGAGCCUGUAAGGUUGGAAUUGCAGCAGGCACGGGUAGAGGCUGAGAAUUUGCUUGUAACGAGGCAGGAACUUGUGUCUAAAAUUCAUCAGUUGAGUCAGGAUCUUCACAGGGCCCAGGUAGAUGUGCAGCAGAUUCCUGCUCUGAUGUCAGAACUCGAGGGUCUCAGACAGGAAUAUCAACGAUGCAGGGUUUCAUAUGAUUACGAGAAGAAAUUAUUUCAUGACCACCUUGAGCAACUUCAGACGAUGGAGAAGAACUAUAUCACAAUGUCUAGGGAAUUGGAAAAGCUUAGAUCAGAAUUGACUAAAACAGCGAAUGUUGAUAUAAGAAAUGUUGCAGGAGGGCCUUAUGGUGGCCCCGCUGGGAACGAGAGUGAGGCAUCUGGGCAUCCGGCAGGAAAAAAUAUAUACGAAGAUGGCUAUGGCAUUCCGCAAAGCCAGGGACAUCCUGCUCUUCAUAACUCUGGUGCUGCAAAUAUUGGUGCUGUUGGUAAUGCUAGUACUGGUACUGCGACACCUUAUGCUGGGGCUCAAUCUGGUGCUGCGCCCUCAAAACCUGGUUAUGAGGCACCAAGAGGCCCUGCCUAUGAGCCACCAAAAGUACCUGGUUAUGAUGCAUCAAGAUUGCCUGGCUAUGAUAUGCAAAGGGGACACGGAUAUGAUGCUCAGAGAGGGCCUGGAUAUGAUGCUCAGAGAAUACCUGGUUAUGAUCCACAGAGACUUGCUGUUUAUGACAUUCAGAGAGGACAUGCAUAUGAUGCACAAAGAGGACAAGGUUAUGAUGCGCAGAGACUACCUAAUUAUCAUGCAUCCAGGGGUGCUGGCUAUGAUGCAGCAGCAUCCAGGGGUGCUGCUGGGCCACAAGGGCAUGUGGCACCACCUGCAAACAAUAUGCCAUACGGGUCUGCAACUACACCAACUCAUUCUGGAAGUGGGUACGAAGCACCAGCUAGAGGUGUCGCCGGGCCACAUGGGCAAAUGGCAGCUGGAAACAACAUGCCUUACGGGUCUGCAACGCCACCAACUCGUUCUGGUAGUGUGUAUGAGGCAUCGGCUAGAGCUCCAAACCCUGCCAGGAGAUGAGCUUAAGAUAAUGUACUUGCAGUGAAAUAUCAGCUAACAUCCCUCCUUUCUCAAACCCUCGUUCUCCCGGUUUUUUGGUUUAUAAGCCUAGCUAUUGUUUUACAGUGCACCAUCCAGUAGAAAUUCUGCAUUGGUCGAGCAGCUGCGCGUUUUCCUGUCUUGUUUCUCAAGGUUCACUAAUUUCCCAAUAGUUCUCGUAUGUUGAUCCCCUGUUUUGAAGGGUUAUAUUGCAACAAUGUAUUUCAAUCUUUGAGCAAUUCUAUCUCUGCACCUCUCUCUUCUA